UGAUGGUCUGCUUUAUUCUCCAAACCAGUUACGUGAGUUUUUCAGCGUAUCACAGCGUUGUGAGCAUGAGCCCAUGAAGCUGUCCCUGGGUAUCGGCAGCUGAGGGAGGCUUAAAGAGACAACAGCAAAAUCAUAGCAACUUGAGGGCAACAGAAACGAAAUGAGAAAGACACCCACAAACGAAGAACCAUGACUUCGAUUCCCUUUCGGUAGCUGAAAUUUAAAGAUAUCCAGCUGACAUCAAACCCAUCGGUUACCUGUCUCUCUCGUUGCCGUUUUCUCUGACUGGGUUGCCUUGUCUGCUGUGGCCCUGCAACAUGGAGAGUGUAUACUGUGUCACUGAAGGCUGACCAGAAGGAAUGAGGCACUCCACGAGAUGUUCCCAAGUGGCCUUGUGGAUGCAGUAGCUGGGAUCGGAGUGCUUUUUUAUGACUAGUAUUGUAUGUGCGUCUGUGGGCACAUCCUAGCACAACCUGCCUUUUCUUCAGGCAGGGACAUGCUACUCUGAAACUGAAACUAAAGAAAAACCCAAGAAAGGAGCCCCUCUGGUUAACAAGGAACACAAAGAAAAAAGGGAAGCACUCAGCAGAAGAGUUGCCUGAUGGACACAAGGGGCACUUCAUCUCAUUUAAGUGUCUUCUAAACAAUUGCACAUUUUAACAGCAACACCUUUCCUCUGUCCUAUGAGAUUUUGUCUCCCUCCCCCUCCCUAAAGCGUCGUCUGUUGUUGUUAUUGGAGCUUCUAUGGUUUGCAUGGCUGGAGAAUAACCGUGGAGAGGCCAGGGUAUCACAAGCUUAUGGAUUUUGAUAAGAGAGGGGGCAAGGGAGAGACAGAGGAAGGGAAAAAGAUGUCUAAGACAGCAGGCAGCAGGACUGGACAUGGGGGCCGGAGUUCAGGGACCAAUUCUGGAGUUCUUAUGGUUGGCCCAAACUUCCGUGUGGGUAAAAAAAUUGGCUGCGGGAACUUUGGAGAGCUGCGGUUGGGGAAAAAUCUCUAUACUAACGAAUAUGUGGCCAUCAAAUUGGAACCUAUAAAGUCCAGGGCGCCUCAGCUCCAUUUGGAGUAUAGAUUUUACAAACAGUUGGGAAAUUCAGAGGGAAUCCCUCAGGUGUACUACUUUGGUCCUUGUGGGAAAUACAACGCCAUGGUGCUGGAGCUGCUCGGGCCCAGUCUAGAGGACCUGUUUGAUCUCUGUGACCGCACCUUCUCCCUCAAGACCGUCCUCAUGAUAGCCAUACAGCUGAUAACACGGAUGGAGUAUGUCCACACCAAGAGUCUGAUAUACAGAGACGUGAAGCCAGAAAACUUUCUGGUUGGGCGGCCAGGAAGCAAGAGGCAACACACCAUCCACAUUAUUGACUUUGGUCUGGCCAAAGAGUACAUAGACCCAGAGACCAAAAAACACAUCCCCUACCGGGAGCACAAGAGUCUGACUGGGACGGCACGCUACAUGAGCAUCAACACACACUUGGGAAAGGAGCAAAGCAGAAGAGAUGAUUUGGAGGCGCUGGGUCACAUGUUCAUGUACUUCCUCCGAGGUAGCCUUCCCUGGCAGGGCCUAAAGGCGGACACUUUGAAGGAGAGGUAUCAGAAAAUUGGAGACACCAAACGAGCGACACCUAUUGAAGUGCUUUGUGAAAGCUUCCCUGAAGAGAUGGCCACCUACCUGCGCUAUGUGAGGAGGCUGGACUUCUUUGAGAAGCCUGAUUAUGACUACUUGAGGAAGCUCUUCACUGAUCUGUUCGACAGGAACGGCUAUGUCUUUGACUAUGAAUACGACUGGGUCGGCAAAUCACUUCCCACACCGAUAGGCCCUAUCCCCAGUGACGCGCCCGUGCAGCCCAGCAGCAGAGACAAAGCACAACAGCAGACCAAAAACCAGUCGCCUGAGCCCAAAGGAAGUGAGUCUCAGCCCACUCCAGUGACCAAUAAGGAGACUCUGGGGUCGCACCUCACAGCUGAGCGGCUAGGGGGCUCUGUUCAGGUGAUGAGCUCAACGAAUGGCGAGCUAAACACAGAUGAUCCCACGGCCGGACACUCCAACGCUCCCAUCACCGCUCCCACCGAGGUUGAAGUGGCCGACGAAACCAAGUGCUGUUGUUUCUUCAAAAGGAGAAAGAGGAAAGCCCUCCAGAGGCACAAGUGAAAGAAGAGAACGGAGAGAACUUGAAACAUUGUGGUCACUGUCAAGUUUUAAAUGGAAGCAACUACACGGACUCCCUGUCCCUUAUCUCUUUCCAGCUUCCCCCUCACCUCUUUGUCCCUCUCACCUUAUUCCCACUGUCACUGUACCCCACCCCCCC